UCUAUUGUCUACGAUGAUCUCUAGGUUUUGACAGCCCGAGUGGAAAAUAUUCACUGCCGAAAAUGUAUAGAUUUACGAACCAAAUAGCAAAUCCCAGCUUAGUUUUGGUUAGAAAGCAAAUUGGCGAUGGAUCAUGUUCAGCUCUUAUAGUAAUGAGAUCUCCCCAUCGGAGACAUGCAUCAGAUUCAGCCAAGCAGGCCCCAAAAUCCCGAAAGUUACUAUGGGGCACCCUCGGUGCUACACUCCUCACUGGUUCAGCUGUGGUUUAUGCCAAAAAUAGCCCAGAAGCAAGAAAUUGGCUAGAGUCAAACGCCCCCUGGGCUAACGACUUGGUGGCACUUGUGUACCAGGAGAACACAACAUACUGGAAGUCCACAGUCAACCAGUUCAACAAAGCUACCACCACAGUUUCUAACUUUUUAUUUGGAAAGGAAGGAGUAUCGCCUAUGGAUUUUAAACAACGCUCAGAACAAGAUCUUGAAGCAGAUGCUAAAAAGGCAUUUGCAAAUAAAGCAUAUGAAUUACCACCAACAAAAUUUGAACCCUUGUAUGUGGAAGAGAAAAAGUUGGAGACCCCCGAGGUUGAGACACCAGCAACUCUUGUGCAAACGGAUAAGUGUGAACCGCAUGAGCCUCCACCGAUCGUAAUCACAAAAGACAUGGUGGAAAUUGAACAUGACAUGCACGAGAACACCAAAAUAGCCAUAGAUAACUAUAAGAAGGCGACACAGUUCUGUGCUGAUUAUAAUAAAGCGUUGUACAAGGUUGUUGAGGCACCCCUUGAGGAUCUAGACAAGAAGCACUUCACAGCUCUGCAGGGAGCUCAGAACGAAAGGGAUGCUACCAUUAUAAAGGCCAAGGAAGCAUCUGCUAAAGCUAGAUGUGCUAUUGAGACGCUAGACCGCAUGAUAAAGGCGGGUGUGCAAGCCCCACCGGAGAGCAUAGCGGCCACACAGAGAUAUAUCAAGCAGUUUCGAGCUGAUCUCGGAGCGGCUGAGGCGGAGUAUAAGGAGUGUGUGGAGAAGGCUGUCCUUGGUGAUAAGUAUUGGAACAAGGUGGAAGCGGCCCGCAAAGCUUACAAGGAGGAAUUGCAGAUGCUCUUUCCGGGAAUCGAUCUCACUAGCCGCAAGUUGGAGGUCAAGGGUGACACCGACUUGCUUCUGAUGUACACUUUAAAACAGGUUCAAUAUCUACAAAACGAAAUAGCCGAGUUGCAAACUGUGAGAGAUCUUAAAAUUAAUAGGGCUAUUGAAUGUCACGACGAAAAGGCUAUAAUCGAAGCGAAAGUGGAGGACAUGAUUAAACGGGAGCGAUUGGAGAAGGAGAAGCAGUUCCAAAAGCAGAGUUUAGCAAUCCAAGCCGAGGCGAACAGGAAAUUGAAGGAGCAAUUAAAGAAACAGUUUGAAAUCCAACAAGAAGUUCUGCAGGAUCAAUUGAACAGGAAAGAGAAAGAGGUGAUGGGUAAAUUCAGUCGCUCAGUUUCUGAGCAAGUUGAGAAAGAGAGAGUUAUCUUCAAGAAGGAGUUGGCAGCUAUGGCCGGGAAGUUGAUGGCCAUAGAACAGACGCUCAAGCAACGCGCCAAGGCGGAGUCGGAGGCGCGCCGCUCGCAGUCGCUGUGGGCGGCCGCGGAGGCGCUGCACGCCGCCACGCGCCGCCCGCACGCGCGCGCCCUGCUCUCGCACGAGAUCGCCGCGCUCGAGCGGGCCGGUAAAGACGACAAAUUAGUUCAAACAAUACUUAAAGGAAUCCCCAAGGAGGUUCGGGAGAAGGGAAUUGUUACAGAGAAGGCAUUGAGGGAUCGAUUUGACACAUUAGAAAAAACAGCCUGUCAAGUGGCGCUAGUCGGGCGCGAGGGGGCGAGUUUGCCGGUCUACUUCCUAUCGUGGUUGCAGUCCAAACUACUCUUCCAGAAGUUUGCUGAAAUACCCAAGGACGAGUUGGACAACCUUCCCAUGGAUUUCUCUAAAUUGGACACAUUUGACAUCAUUCAAAGGGCGAGGUACCACAUUGACCACGGUGACCUAGCGUCCGCGCUAAGGUAUGUGAACCUCCUGCAAGGUGCACCCAGGGCGGUGGCCAAGAACUGGUUAGACUCGGCCAGGUCACAUCUCGAGAUCAGACAAGCGGCGGAAGCUGUGAUGGCGCACGCUUCCGUUUCCGGCCUUCUCUAUCUGUAGUGUUGCCGUGUGCGAGUCAUUAAAGAAUAGAUGUUGCCGUUUAACAAUGGAUUUCGAUUGGACGUAAUUUGAGGAUGUUGCCAUGUUUUUUUUUGUAAUGUGCAUGUGGGCGAUGUAAAUUCGAAAUGUAGUCGUUUCUACGAGUGCUGGCAACAUUAUAGGGAUUUUGUUUUAUUUAACGUAAUAAUGUUGUUGAAAUUGAUACUGCAAAAUUUAAGCUGGUCUUAAAGUUUAAAUAAACGUUAUUAAUACUGAAAAUUUUCAGCUUUAAGCUUUGAUAAAAUAUAAAACCAAACGAAAUUCGACCUUACAUAAAGACAGCAUAAAUAACAAGUUAUAGAAAAAUAAUUUAUUUGAAGAUUUAAUUUUUAGUAGAUUUUUAUUAAUUUGUAGAUAUGGGCUUACUUUCAAUGACUUAAUAAACUGGGAACAGUUAAUUGUUAUAAUCGACAUUUCUGUAAAAAUAGCAAAAUGAACGCAUUUAAAUAGCGGCAAAUUGAAAAUCUGAAAUUAUAAUGUCAUACAAACAGUAUGCAACUGAAGUCCUGUAAUGUAGUUAUUUAUGUAAAUAUGGUAUGUAUGUAAUUAAAUUAAAGUAUGAGUUCGA